AUCUCUGCAGUGAUUAUAUUAUAAUUGAAAUGUAUAACACGUACAGAGCGUAUUGUGUUACUUUACAAACGGUAGCAUUUCUCUUCGAUUAUUUCGAAAUGUUCGCAUUAUACACGAAAUGCUGAGCUACAUUAAAUUAAAUUGAUGCCGUUGUUGUGAUUCCUGUUGUAUCAGCGAGCUAUAUUUGAAAAUUAAAUAGCGUUGACCGUGUAACUUGAUACAAAAUGGUCCUGAGAAUAUAAUGAUUAUUAUAAAACACAUUUCAGUUUAUAAUCUAAUUUAAAAGAGAUAUUUUACGAUUUGCGAUGUACAAAGAUGUACUUUUGAUAUUGUUUAUUUUGUGUAUUUUAAUACAGACGAGUCUUCGAAUAAUUUUACACAAUUUUUAACACUGUAUAAUUUUUUAAAUAAGGCUUUUGAGAUUACAUGUUCAUAUAAAUUUCCUUUUCAUACAACAACAUCAAAAGUCAACGUCCAAAAUGUUGGACAAUUCUUAAGAAACACCGUGUACAGUUCAUUCUGCAUGUCUUCCGCUAAUGAAAUAGCUUUUUAAAUACCAUCAUGAUUAAUAAACAAAAUAAUAACAAAAACUAAAGACACGUAAUACGAACUGUCCCAAAAUCGUAUUUAUUGGUUUAUUAAAAUUUUCAAGUAAUUUUUAUCUUAUAUAUUAGAUAGUAUAUUCCAACGAUUUAUUGCCAGAAUGUUCAAGAAGCACAAAAUAAAAUCCCGCAAAAAAAUGUCCAGAAACCAUUCUAGUAAAAUGUCUGUAGAGUCCAAUAACCUAUCCUUAUUGACUUCAAACGUCAAUAGCAGCGCCUCCAUCAAGAAGUCAAAAUGCACGUUCUCAUCAAUUUCAUCAGCGACACCAAACAAAAAUUAUACGUCAUCUACGCUAAAACAGCCACAAUUAAUCACAAAAGCACCUAAAGACGCGGCAGUACAUUUUGGAAAUUUUUAUGGUCUUUGGGAUGAUAUAGGGAAAGCACAUUGCAAUAAUCACUGGAAUAACCAUCUUAUAAGAGACGGAACAGCGAAUAAUAGACCACACCGUUUAGAGUUCACUAGGCAGAUGGUGCACAAAUUGGAGAGGGUAACUGAUACGGAAGAUUACAUGCGACAAGUGUCGGUUCUUCUAAAGAAGACGGUAGAGCCACCCGACUUUAGAUUGAAUCAACUUCCAUCUAGAAAUUCAAUUCCUAACGGAAGUCGAAGCGCCUCGGAUUAUCCACUCUGGUACAAGGAGCCUCAUAAGAUAUCGUUAGUAUACUCAAAUCCUAUCGCUCAACCUUAAAGCAUGAGAUUUAGUUACCGAAAAGUAACAAGUGUAUCGGCAAGAAUAAAAGCUUUAAAAUACGCUCAAAUGUCCGGCUUAAUAAAUUUUAAUUUUAAUAUUUGCGAUAUAUUUUUCUCAUCAGUUAAAUGUUAUAU